AUGGGGCGCGGGGCUCCGCUCGCACCGAGCCUGCUGCGGGCGGCGCUGCUGCUCGCCCUGUGCCCCGCCGCCGGCAGCACCUGGAUGUGGCUGGGCAUCGCGGCCGCCGGCGGGCCCGAGAGGCCGGGCUGCGCCAGCCCUCCGCUGAGCCGCCGGCAGCAGGAGCUGUGCGAGCAGAAGCCGGAGCUGAUGCCCGCGGUCCGGGAGGGAGCGCGCCUGGGGCUGCAGGAGUGCCGCAGCCAAUUCCGACACGAGCGCUGGGACUGCCGCUCGCCGCCCGCCGCCCGCCGCGGCACCGCCGGCACCGCCGGCACCGGGCAGCAGCUCAGCAGCGGCACCAAGGAGACGGCGUUCGUGUCGGCGGUGACGGCGGCAGGGCUGGUGCACUCGGUGACGCGCUCCUGCAGCGCCGGGAACGUGACCGAGUGCUCCUGCGAUGUCACCCUGCGGCACGGCGGCUCCGCCAGCGAGGGGUGGCACUGGGGCGGCUGCUCGGACGACAUCCACUACGGAAUGUCCUUCAGCAGGACGUUCCUGGACGCGCCUCUGAGGAACGCGACGGGCAGGAGCGGGCUGGUGGCCAUGGACCUGCACAACAACGAGGCCGGCAGGCAGGCUGUAGCAAAGCUGAUGUCUGUGGAUUGCCGUUGUCAUGGUGUUUCUGGGUCCUGUGCUGUGAAAACUUGUUGGAAAACCAUGUCAUCCUUUGAAAAGAUUGGCCGGUUUUUAAAGGAGAAGUACGAAAACAGCAUACAAAUAUCGGACAGACUGAAAAAAAAGCUACGCAGGAAAGAGAAAAGCCAGAGAAAAAUACCAAUUGGGAAGGAGGACCUGCUGUAUGUGAACAAAUCGCCCAAUUACUGCGUGGAAGACCAAAAACUGGGGAUCCCUGGCACUCAGGGCAGGGAGUGCAACCGCACGUCGCAGGGCCCCGAGGGCUGCAACCUGCUGUGCUGCGGGCGCGGGUACAACACGCACGUCGUGCGGCACGUGGAGCGCUGCGAGUGCAAGUUCGUCUGGUGCUGCUACGUGCGCUGCAGGAGGUGCGAGACCAUGACCGACGUGCACACCUGCAAGUGAGCUGAAGAGCAGGAAACACAGCCGGAGCAGCCAGCCUGCGUGCUGCACACAGCUCCUGCCACGGGGGCAGCAGCCACUGUCACCGUGCGGGAUUUCAGAGGGAUCGGCCUCAGGGGAACAGGUACUGCCGCACCACAGGCAGUCCAAGUGAGCCUCGACUGAAAGGACAGCUGAGUAAACAUCAGGCUGCGUGCAGGGACAGCUUAAACAGCAAAAAGGACUCCUGAUGACACAUUUGAACGUGUUACUCCAUGAGCAGAGACAGAUGCUAAACUUUUCAAGUAUUUAAUAGACACAAUGUCCUGAAGAUCCGUGUGUGGUGGGUGGGCACAGUGGAGAAAUCUCAAGAUCUCAUUAGCCAGAGAUUGAAGACUCAAGAGAGUUUGUAAAACACAUUAGACAUAGUCCUUAUGUCUGUGCUUUUAAAACUGGGACUAGACAGAUCAUUUCUGCAGACUUCAGAAAGACCCACUUUGAUAGAGAAAGAGUUCAGCUGUUGAGCACGAAGCAUUUGCUUUGCAGCCGUUCACAAAACUGCCUCCUGCAAAAUGUGCAGAAAAGCACUGGGAAGUGAGGACCGUGUGUGACUGCAGAGAGCUCAGCAGUGCCUGCCUGGAAAAGGAGGGUCAAGCUGUGCCCAGAGGAGAGAGGCACGAGCACAGACUGGUGAAUGUGAAUGGGGUACCAAACAGCAACCUCAGGAUUUUUAAAAGGUUGUCCUUCAAAUACACAAGGGACAGGCCUGAGAGGGGACAGAAAUAUAGUUUGAUGUUUGAAGGAAAUAAAACCCUCUGCAGGCAUUUCCUGAGUAUCUGAGCACACAUUUCGCGAAUCAGCUGUAAUUGAACAAACUAACAUAGCACACUACAACCAGCAUACUACAGCUGGUUGUCACCCACUCUUGAAGUCUAUGCAAUAAUCUGCCACAUUCAACCAUCUCACUGGUGGUUCACCAUCUUUAUAGAAAUUAACCACAUGAGAUUUACCCCAAAGGAAUCUGCCAUAAAGCAAAGGAUUUUCUAAAAUAGAUUUUCUUUAUAGAAUCGGCAGCUAGAAUUUUUCAUUAGGUUGCAUCUUCAAUAAGUUCAAUGCACAAUAUAAUUUAUGGAUUGGCUCACACCACUAAAAUAUUUAAACUGUUAAUGAUAACACUUUCGCUGUCUCCAUAUGUUGGCUUAAUUUUAUUUUACAUCUGUGAUAGGUUGUUUAUUUUUAUGCAGUGAUUUAAUGCCUGGCUUAAAAAGCAUCAUGUGAAAAGAUUACUGUUGUUUAAUUGUGCAAAAUAACUAUUUUUGAUAAGACAAGAAAGUUUAUAUUUUGUAAAUAUUUAAAUUAUGCAAGUUAUGUAAAAGGUUUCCACAACUAAUGUGAGAAGACUACAGCCAUUGAGAUUUGUUGGUUAGAUAUUUGUUAAUAUUGUAGUAACCUUCAAUUGAAUUUUGUUUGCUUGUGCUGGGGGAAAUUAGUCAGAGAACUGCAUAAAUGUUAGGGUUUUUAUCAUCAGGGUGGUUAUAACUAUUGCAGUUCAUACACGCUGAUGAGAAAUACUAUGAUUUUCUAAAAGGUCAGUUAAUUAGUAUUCUGCAUACUUUCUUUUUUAUUAUUCUCUUAAAUGCAUUUUACAAACACUGAAAUCCCGGCUCCAGCAGUAAGUACUCCCACUGAAAUCCAGGGAAUUUGGAAGGGUUUGCAAUCCUUUAACUUCUUCCAUACUAACAGCCAGCUUUUAGAAACUUGGGACAAUUUGGCUGAGGCUUUCAAAGUUACUUUGAAGAAUUCAUUUCCUAGUAAUCAGUCAUAUUCCCAGGAAAGAUGGUGACCAGAUUCUGAACUGUCACUCUUUAUUGGAUGUGUAAGUCAGGAAGAAGGAAACAAAAUCUUCUGUGUUGUGGUAUUUCACAGCCUUAUGUGGGUUAUUUUAGGAACAUCAGUUCAGGAACAAUGAAGUCCAUUAUCUGCUAAUUGGAACUUUACUCCACAUUUGACCAUCUCCAUGGUCCAUCUCCAUUGGCCUGACCAAAUUAUUAUCUUGGGACCACAGAAAAAUCUACUGUCUGUGGGGAAGGGUGCUCAGCAUGCCAGUAAGGCACUGCCACAAGAGGUUUCAACACCUUCUCUGUGAAAACUUGGAUAGGGAGAACGUAUCACUGUGGAAGACCCUGAAGAGAGAGUUGUGAGCCCGGGUUGUUUCAGCAGUGAAAAUAAACCCACAGGCUCCUCAGGCUGUGCCACAGGACUGAUUGGCAGCAUGGAUGGGAGAUGACUAAAUGGCACAAAGUCCUGACAGAACAGUAUCAUACUCUCUACUGAGACCAUACUUGGGAUAAUACAAUUUUUGACACCUGAAAUAAAAUAUUAUUUAAACUCAGUAGUUUGCUGUUUUGGCUUUUGUUUUGUUUUUUUCCUGUUCAUUGAUUGCAAGAUCAGGAGGAGAAAGAGAAUUAAGCAGCUGCUUUGGCUGCGUCCAGGGAUCAGAAACUUCCCAGAGGCUGGAGUGAUUUCCAUGCAUUUUACACAGAAGACAAUGUAGAUCUACUAUUACAGUGCUCUCUGCUGAUCCCUGCCUCUCUCCCUAUAUAUUCUAAUUACCUGAAACAAGAGUUUUCAUACCUGCAUACUUCAAAUGACAAUAAACAGAUGAUGCUCAUUUUAUUAAUAUACUACAAAACUUAACACAAGGUGUAGUUAUAUACAUGGUGGGUUAGGUCCUUUUGAGGCAUCUAUGAGAACUAAGACAUAAAUGAAGAAAUCCACCAAGUUUUUCAAUGGGGUACAAAGACCUGGGAACUUGAGACUGUACUGAUACAAAAAAUGCUACACAUUCAAUGCUGGAAAGGAUCAUUAGAGAAGACUGAUGUAGUAUUUGGUAGGCAAAAACAUUUGCAAGCUAUGUUCCACAGAAGAUAGCACUCUUUUCCACUGCCAUCCCUCAAGCACAAAGAGGAGUUAUGAUUCCUCCUCAAUCUGGAACACCUUUCUUCAUGUCUUUGCAUGAGCCUGAGCCUAUAUCACGUUAUGGACAACACCCUCAGAAAGGAGCAGAGCUUUCUGAGUCAACAGGUGAUUACAGAUUUAGAGAUUAUAGCAACUGAAAUACAAGAUUAAAGGAACUGGUUUGAGUGUUCUGGAGAGGAGAACAUAGGGCUAGGAAGAAUGUAAAAAGAUUCCUAAAUAGACAGUCAUCCAUGUUUAACUUGCUAAAAAGUAAUUGUUUUCAGCUAAGAAGAUGGGGACAGCACAUGAGCCAACCCACCUAGAUGGACAGUUAAGCACAGGAAAUGAUGUCUGAGGAAUCUGUUUCAACCUGAGUCUAUGAAGGAUGCCUUAGAUCUUCGUAACCUUGAAAGGGAUAACAACAGAGGCAGCAAGGAGGAGCUAAAAGUGGCUUUAAUGCUAUGAGAAAUGCAAAGAAGCAUCUCAAGUAGAGCAUGUUCUCUCUUGCCAUCGGUCACUUUUUCAGCCCCCAGGGAGCCAGGAGCAGGGUGUGGCUGAAGCUCAGGAUUUUGUGCCCUGCUGGCCUGGUGCUCAGAGGCUGAGAAGCAACAUCACUUACAUCCCUUGUAGAGCAUCAGGAGCCACUGACACCUCGUGAUACCACUGAACACGUUAAGAGCUGUUCUCACACUUUCCUGCUUCAGCCUCAAAGUUCCCAUCCAGCCUUACAGGUUUCUUCAAGUUUCUUUAACAGGCCCCUUGCAUUCAGGCUAGGGUGUGGCCUUAAAACUGAAGAGGAUUUCAUCAAUAAAAAGUCCCUUGCUUAGCAUCCACCUCAGCCAUGAUCCAAGUCAGUUAGGGAGGCACUGCAGUCCUUCCCAUCUUUUCAGAGCAGUCAGCACUUAUGGUGGCAGUAUUAAUUCUUUCCCCUUUUGAAAUUACCCACCUGGCCUCUUAUUAAUACACUCAUUCUUGAAAAACACGCAGACUGCAGAAAACCCAAACAGUUCAGGAGACAUUACAUACACAUGAAGCAUUUAGCAGCUAAUUCAAUGUCUGAGGAAACUAAGUGCCACAGUAAGACAUCUAGAAAGCAAAACAUGCUGAGCAAAAUAAAGCUUUUUCCAAAGUGGCAAUCAGGAAACUAAGGCUGUAAAAGCAUCUGCUUUUCCCAGAGGGAAAAAAAAAUUAAAAAAAAGCUGGAUCAUGAAAGACACUAGGGAAGGUGCGGAGGGUACAUCAAGGCAGAGACCUCCUUCAGUUUCUUUUUUAGGACUCCUAUUAAUCCAUAUAAAGCAGCACUAGUAAAGCAGUUAGGAGCUGUGAUUUACAUUGAAGUCAUCUUCAGGUGCCUUGAAUCCCAGCUGGGUAUUCCGUUAAGUUGAAACCUUCUUGUGUCCUUCUUCCCCUCUUCUCAUAGUUCCACUUUUUAAGGUAGACAUACCUCACAACCUUUCUCUUCCCUUCCCUUGCUGCUCUGUUCUCAACAAGCCUGCAAGAUGCUACACGUGUUCCCAUCACCUGUGUUUCCACAUAGGAAAAUGUGGAUCCUGGAGCUUUGUCACACACAGGUAUUUGUCCACCUGUACCUUCAUCUUUGCAACUGAUUUCCUAUCCCCAGCUGGAGAGAGGCGAGAAUAGUCAUCUUGUGCUUGGCAACUCAAAUGAAAUGCAGAUGGAUUACCAGAAAGUCCUACUGAUUUCAGAGAGUUCAUCUCAGCAGCAGGAUACUGUAACUUGCUCACUCAAGGCAGAGAAGGCAGGACCAGAUCUUGCAGCAAGUCACUGGAGCAUGAUGAUGGAGAAAAGCAAGGAGACACCAUUUCUGUGGCCACUCCAGUACAGCUUCUAAAUAUCUGGCAAGAGUCUCAUUAAAUACGAUACCAUACAGAUUUGAGGACAAGGUAUUGAGAGUAAGAGGAAGAUUUCCAUCAAAAUUUUAAGACUCAAAUUAUUUAAAAUGCAACAAAAACAAUUCUACCAUUUCAUUGCUUUAAAAUACAUUGUUUAAAAAGUUUGUUGCAGGUACAACUUUAGGGGGUUAAGAGAAUCAUGGUAUCAUUACUCAGCUUAGACUGCUAUUAAAGGCACACAUUCUCAAUUUGAUUUUGCAGAGGAAAUUUUAACUUUUUAAUUUGAAGAAAGAUGAAAUAUUCACUGGCAUUCAAAGCCAUAAUAAUGAAGACAAAUGUAGUCCAGGGAAACUACUAAUGCAGCCAAAUAGGGUUUCUUCCUCUUAAAACCCUGCUGAGUAACUUCAAAAUUAUUUUGGUAUUAUUCUGGAUAGCAGCAUAGCAAUACUGGCAUACACACCAGCAGAACUGAAUUUUUGUGAAAAUUUCAGGAAUUACACAAUUACUUUUUCACUACAGCCUUAAGUAAUGAAAUAGAAUUUCAAGCUGAUUAGAAAAGGGGAUUUUACUUCAAUGAAAGAAUACAUAUGAUUUUAACACAUCCUUCUACCAGAAAAUCUGGAAGAUUUAACAAAAGCAGUUGCACUGUGUCAGGUGCAUUUACAGAUAUUUCACAUAAAUAUUAAGGGAAAUCCACAUUAUUUAAAAAGCUAGUUAAACAUAGAGAACAACUCAAAAUCCAGUCUUACCCUGGUAUCAGAGAUUAUUUUUCUUACAAGGUCAUUCUCAAUAUUGCUUGAAAAUUUUAGUGCACAGAAUUUGACUCAGAAAACAUCAACAAUAAUACUAUUUCCAAUGCCUCUGUCAAACUCACUGUGGGCUCCUGAAAAAUACUUUGUGGCUUUUGCCCCAUAGUACUAGCUUGAAGUUUUUGAGGAAUAUACAAGAAUUCAUAACACAAAGCUGCAGGGGAUUACAGCCAGUUCUGUGUCAGCCCUAAUUUUGUGAAAAUGGAUACAAUCAGUUAGCAUGGUAUAAUUUAGUUUCAGGAAAAGUUCAAGCUGGCCCCACUUAAAAGAAAUACACAUUUAGAAAGAAAGCAAGGUCUUCACACAGCUCUGAUAUCAGCUAAAGAAUAAGGCCACUUAAACUUGGUCCUUUUUUUCCAUUAAAAAAAAGGAUGAAGGAAACAUUGUCAGUUAAGUUUACAAGUCACACAUUGCAUAACCCAAGACACACUGCUCUCUCUCUCUGACAUUCCAGAAGAAGAGAUUGCCUCAGCUCAUGAGAAGUACUGUAGGUGGUGAGGGUGCACAGCUGUGUACCCUGAAACAGCUCUCACUAGAAGGCAGUGAUGGGAACUCUUUGUGAUGGGAAAUUUAUUCCUGAUGUUAGAACCAAAAGAGGAAGCUCCUCCAUUAUACACAUCCACUGCAGCUGAACUGCCAUAGGAAGGGAGAAACAAUGGUUAAGCAGCAGUACAAAAGCUGCAAUAAAAAAUGAAAAAUUUAGCCACAGUACUGCUGCUUAAUGUGCCAGUCCCUUCUAUAAAGCAAACACUUUCAAGUUAAGUACAAAUGCUUCCAAGCUGCUUUUAAAAAUCACACAUACUAUUUACAUAUUUACUUUAGUUCAUCCCCUAAAGAUAGAAAAUAAAAUUCUCUUGUGCUUUUCAAGGCAUACCUGUCUUACACUAUCACGUAGUUUUCCUUUGCUGAUUACUCAAAUUUCAUACGGGACUACAAAAUAAACUUUUGGAGCACUUGGUAUUAGAAUAACCAAACAGUUUUAAUAAAAAUUGAUGAUGCCAUUAAAAAGGCAGAAGA